CUUCCCAUUUGAGAGGCCAUGCACAUUUGCAGAUUGCGGUCGUUUGACUCGAGGUCCCGCAUCGAUGUGUAUGAGAGCUUGCCAAGGAUUUCUUUGCCCAUUGCAUCGUUCGCCACCUUUUCAUUCCUGUCGCGCGCUCGACGUAAGUUUAGACUGGGCCGAUGAAGUGACAUGAUGCCUGAUCGGAGCAUCAGAGAUCGAAACCUGAAGAUGCCUUUAAGAUCGCGGAGAUCCGCUUGACCGAAGAUGCCAAGAUGGGAGCUUGGCCGUUGCCACGAGCUGAAUCGCCGACUGAUACCCCCGCUUCUGACCAGUGGACAAAGUUUCACCAACACCUCGAUAAGGCCCUGAUCGAAGCGCAAGCUACGUCCUUGAGACCAGGCCAUGCGUGUGUACUUAACGCCUCGGGACAUGAAGAUCUUGACAAGCUUUCCUUGGAACAGACACGGGCAUUGAUGGAGGAAUCAGGCGACAUGCGAUUCUACAACCACCACUUUCCAUUGAUCUUCGAUGACGGGGUCAAAUGGAUCGUUCGGUGUCGACGACUACGGCGAGAUAGACCGUCGUACGGUGUCAUGCGAUACGUUCUCGAUUCGGAGAUCAUCACUAUGGAAGAACUGAGGAACGCUGGAGUCUGUGUACCGAGAGCGUACCGAGCGCUAGGCCAGGACGAAGAUACUGCACAGGGCCCGAAUAAGAGGCGCUUCGACCUCUACUUUUUCGUCGAGUAUGUUGACGCAAUGGAGUUUCCUCUAGCAUUUCUGGGGCCGCAAAAGAACAUCCUAAACCAGAUGCUCAAUUCUGGACGAUUGACUUGCCUCAUUAUUCGUACAUUCGUCUCCUCGUACGCCGAGCAGAUGAUAAAGCUCAGUCGGAUCCACUUUGACGCUAUCGGAAGUUUGCAUCACUGUCCCAACCGAGGAACUAUCGUUGGCCCCAUGAUUGACAAAAUGGUCGGGUCGCACUCUAAGCCCUACUUCCACGGACCAUUCCGUACAGCGUACGAGCGUUGGACCAACACCAUCGAUUACCAAUUGGAUCUUGUGCUCCAUCAUGAAGGCUAUGAUGGGGAUCCAAUCACCUGCUAUCUGAGUUUGCUGGAUUUACGGGACCUUGUCGAAGGCUGGCAAGAACUCAAAAACCCAGAAGAAGAAUUCUACAUCCGCCACUGCGAUUCCAAAGCCGACCAGUGUUUCACAGAUCCCGCAGGGAACAUCAUCGCUUGGAUCGAUUGGGAAUGGGCUGCAGUGACGACCAAAGCCGAGGCUUUCGCCAGUCCGCUUGCUUUCCGAGGUGAAGGUAUAAGCGACAAAAUGACGGAGUGGGAAACGCUCCUAGCGGAGGCGUAUGUCGCACUCGGGCGCAAAGACCUUGCGGAAUGCGUACGAAAUGCUCGCAGGUAUCAUUGGUUGGAGAAGCUGGCGGAUCCCGCUUCGGGCCAGAUAUGUCCACCUCAAGAUUUCCACGCGUUUCGAAUGUAUUGAGGGAUCGCCGGUCAACAAGCGACUGCGGGGCGCCAAGCUCAACGAGUGGAUGGAAAGUCUGCAGUCCAAGUAUGCCGUACAUUCGGGAGUGAAAGAACUUCGAGCAAAAGCCUAGAAGAGCGGUAGGCGAUGUGAGAGGUAGGCGAUUUGUCGAUCACUUGGCUCCCUAACACAUGAUCUUACUUUACAGUGUUGUACAUGUAUUGUAUUUCGGUGUCGCCAGGCCGACAUAUGCUCAUGAUGCAACAGAUCGAUUCAAAUUCGGCAUUCGAUAUUGAUUUUCGGAAAUCGAGGCUUUCGUGAGAUGGGCCGGACCCGCUCAGAGCCCUGGUCGAUAUGAGGAACCUUCCAUGAGCUUCUGCUCCAGCUUG